AAUGAUUAUUGAGGAAUAAAUUGAAGAAAAUUUGAUAUAUAAAGCAAUUCACAAAAUAAGAGUGAAUUACCAAAAGAAAAUAGAUAGGUAGAUGAUAAUAAAUAGAUUUAGAUACAUUUUGUAUAGAAAAUCGAGAUGGAUUGGGAAUCUUUUAUUGAUUUUAUUGUAUGUAAAUCGGAUUUCAGAAAUAGGUGGAUAUCAUAUUGUUACUUAUAUAUACUGUGUUUAUCAAUUGUAAUUAAUAAUUGAGUAUUUUACUCCUCUUGGUUUACCACCAGUAAAUUUAGAGGAUGAAGAAAAUGAAGAUGAUUAAUUUCAAAAUGAUUGUAAAGCUUUAAAAAUGAUAUGAAAAGUUGUUGAAUUGCCAACGACGAUUAGUAAUAAGAAUGAGGUGAAUGAUAAAGAAUAUAGACCAUUACUUAGAACAACAUCAGAGUUUAAGGCUUGGUAAAAUAGUGUAUUUUCUGUCAUUUUUGCUUAUAUGUGUACUUACAUUAAAUUAUGCAAUAUACCUGUUUAUUGGCCAUUUUUAUUCAGCUAUUUCUUUGUUAUCGUUGGAAUGAGUAUUCGCAAAUAUAUAAAGCAUAUGAAAAAAUAUGGGUAUACGAUUCUUGAUUUUACAAAAAAAAAGUGA